AUUUUUUAAUUGUGUUCUCCUCGCCAGGUGGAAGAUGGGAGUGUUCCCCUCAUGUUUUAGGUGAAGCCUGCUUGCCAUGAAGUCCCGAGGGAGAUAGAGGGACUGCAGUGGGAAUCCCUUCUCACUCCUCCACAAAUCCAACAACUGCCUAAUGGGAUUGCCUCUCUGCCUGGCGUCAUGGGGAGCUGCUGCAGCUGUCUCUGCACAGACAGCAUCCCAGACAACCAUCCCACCAAAUUCAAGGUGACCAACGUGGACGAUGAGGGGCACGAGCUGGGCUCGGGGGUGAUGGAGCUGACGCAGAGGGAGCUCAUCCUGCACACGCACAAGCGCGACGCCGUCAGGUGGCCCUACCUGUGCCUGCGCCGCUACGGCUUCGACUCCAACCUCUUCUCCUUCGAGAGCGGCCGCCGCUGCCACACCGGCCAGGGGAUUUUUGCCUUCAAGUGCUCCCGAGCAGAGGAGAUCUUCAACCUGCUGCAGGACCUGAUGCAAUGCAACAGCAUCAACGUGGUGGAGGAGCCGGUGGUGAUCACCAGGAACAGCCAGCCCUCGGAUCGGGAGCGAGCCCGCAGCCCCCAGCGCCCCACCAGUCUGGGCUACACUGGACUUCCCAAUGGAUUCCACAGCUUCCCUGGAGAAUCCCUGUCCUUCUCUGCAGCCCGGCACCCCUCAGUGAGCAGCCUGAGGCAUUCCUCUGUGGGGGAAGACUCUACCCACCCCCUCCUGGGGCCUGAGGAGCAGUCCCACACCUACGUCAACACGGCCACCGGGGAGCCGAGGGGCCGGCACUGUAUGCACUCCUUGCCUGAAGCCCACCCUCCUUUCCCCCCUAGGAACCACAGCUGCUCCCUGGAAGACCGCAACCCUCAGGUCUUCCUGCAGCCAGGGGAGGUGAAAUUCGUGCUGGCUCCCAGCUCCGGCUACCGCCGGCUGUGCCGGCACCCCCGGGAAUGCCGGCCGCACCUCUGUCCCCCCAACAACAACAACAACGAGUGUCAGGAGGGGUGUCCGUCCCCACAGUGCGUCUACGAGAACCUCAACGGGCUGGUGGCCCCCGGCACCUCGUCCCUGUGCCGGGCUGGCCGCUCCAAGGCGGCCCGGGAGGACGGGAGCCGCUGCCAGCGCCGCUCGGCCCUGCUGCACUACGAGAACCUGCCGGCGCUGCCGCCCGUGUGGGACCCCCGGGUGGCCCCCCCCGCCAGCCCCGGUGCCCGCCGCACCGACUCGUACGCCGUGAUCGACCUCAAAAAGACAGCGGCCAUGUCCAGCCUGCAGCGGGCCCUGCCCAGGGACGAUGGCACCUCGAGGAAAACGCGGCACAACAGCACUGACCUGCCCCUGUGAGGGGCCCGAGUGCCGGCCCUGGCUGCCCUGUCCCCCGCUGUGUCCUGCCCGCUGUGGCUCCUGCAGCUGCUGCUGUUGAGGCUCGUCUGUCUGUCUGUCCGUCCGUCCGUCCGUCCGUCCUCCCCUCUCUGUGUUGCUCGUUUUUCAAGCCUCGUGGGAUGUUUGGUGACUCUGAGGGUUGAGUUCCAGGCGGGAGGUGGCGCGGCCUGGGGUGGGGCAGGGCAGAGCUGGGCAGUGCCACGAGGGGAAAAAAACCAAACACUAAAGCUCCCAAAGCCGAGCUGUUUCAGGAGCUCGGUGCAAAUGGAGCCCGUUCCCCGUGGAUUUCACAUCUCCAGGAGAGCUCUGCAGUGAGGCCACUCCAGAGCUGGCAUUUGCCUUGUGGUUCCAGUGGUGCCUGGAGAUGAGGGAGCUCACGCCGUGGCCUUUCCCCCCUCAGCUCACUGUUUGUUCCUGAAGCUUUUUAUCCUUCUGUCCCUGUCUCAGAUUCAAUUUCAAUUGGGCAGCUGCAAUUAAACAAAGAGGACACAGAGCCAUGGGCACACACUGUGAUCACAGAAACCUGAUUGCCUAAAUCCUUAAAUUCCCUUCCCUGCUUUAGAAGAGGAGGGAAAGGCCACAGCCAUGAGGGAGAUUGGAAAUUUGGCCUAGAGAACUUCACUUGUGCCAUAACCUGCUUUGUUUUUUUUACAAGGGGUCUUUGUGGCAGCUGCUGAGAAAUGCUGUGGGUUUAUUUAUUUGUUUACUUAUUUAUUUAUGAACUGCUCCUUUGCAUCCCCAUUCGUUGCCAAGUUGGUGCCAGUCUGCAGCGUGCUCUUGCUGGGGCUCGCUCCUGCCUGGGGGGACAGGUCCCAAAAUACCUUGGUGGCUUUGCUGAGCCACCAACUGGGGGAAAAACACUGGAAAGGAGCAGCUGGGAAUGAAGAAUUUCUGAACUCGGGGCUGACUGUCACAGGGUGGGUGGGAAAUGGAAUGGGAGACGUGGGAGUGGGAGCGGAGCCGCCAGGCAGCCGAGCUUGGAGUGGCAUCAAAGUCGUUGCCUACACCCACGAGGCCUGGCUGGGGUCGGGAGCAGCUUGUGCUCGGUGUCAGGAGAGAAUGUGCAGUUUGUUCCCUCAACUACAGACCUGGAAGGGCUCAAAUUCCGGGUAACUUUGUGGCCUUUUGCUGUGGAUUUUUGUCUUGAUGCCGGGGUUGCGCUGAGCUGCCCCGGGAUGUCCCCUCGCCUCUCCCCAUGGGAUUUCCCUGGAUUUCUCUGUGCCUGUUCUGAUGGAGAGCAGUGCUCUGGGAUGCUCUGGGAUGCUCUGGUAUGCUCUGGGAUGCUCUGUGAUGCUCUGGAGCUGGAUCCCCGCUGGCUGUGUCCGUGUUCCUCCUGGGACAGGAGCUGGAUCCAGUGCCCAGCCAGAGACGCUGCCAAGCCUCGUGUCCCCCUUGUCCUUGGAUGUUUCCCGCUGUUGACAUCUGUGGAAGAGGAAAGAGCCCCAUCCCCCAGCUCCAAGGGCCUAGAGCUUGAGUUCCAGGUUUUGGAAGUUCAGCCUUUUUUUGGUUUUUGGUGCUGUCAUGUCCUGUUGAGCCGUGACCCUGUCGGGAGCAAGGCCACGUGUCCCAAGUUCGAGUGGUGCCAUGUUUGUGUCGCAGAACGUGGAGUUCUUGGCUUGCUGUUGCACUAUAAAUUCCAAGUGUGCCACACGCUUCAAUCCA